GCACUUCCUCUGUGCUUCCUAUUUAUAUAUAUGUAGAGAAGAAUGGAGUAUAUGGCUGAGCAUUCAAUUCAAGCUGUCAACACAAAAUAUUUCUUCUGAACUUUGAUUUGAUGACUUGGGCUGUUAACAUGAAAAGUAUCUUUCCUGAUUUUCACUGUCCAUGCUGAAAUUACCUGUUGGAUUCUAGUGACUGAGCUUUUGCCAUCAGGUGUGCACUGAGUGACUCCACACAAUUGCUGACCCCUCGAGUUAGGGGCUGCCGGUCUGAGCCAUUGAGUAAGAAGUGCUGGGAAGACUCAUCAGGAUAAGUUGAAGGAGGCUGCAAUCACAGGAGACAGACCGUGCAAUUUAUAUUCAUCAGAGAGAGAGGACCAGCACCUGGAGGAGACACUGACAUUUCUGGACAGGGACUCACCGCUGACGGCUGCCAUGUGUGACAGGCGGCAGGAGGGCCCUGGUGCCAGGGAGCCAGCCUGCAUGCUGUGUCGCCGUGCAGAGGCUGACCCGGACAUCUGUGGUGACAAACUGGAGAAGCACGGGCUCUGUGCCCACGUGUUCUGCCUGUUCUUUGCUACUGAUCUUUUUGGUGAAGAGAACGACCGUGCUGGACUCAUGGGAUUUCUUCCUCAAGAUAUCCAAAAUGUAGUACGGCGGGCGGCACAAAAGCGCUGCUGCGUCUGUGGCCAGAGCGGGGCAGCCAUCAUGUGCUGCAUGCAGGGUUGUGACAGAUGGUUCCACCUGCCCUGUGCCAAGGAGGGUGGCUGCAUCACACAGUAUAUUCCAUCUUACAGCUCCUACUGCCCUGAGCACCGUCCAGAGCAGGACGUGGAGGCGACUCCAGAGCCGGGCACCAAUUGCCUCAUCUGCUUGGAGCCUGUGGAGGAUAGAAAGACUUUCAGAACCCUGGUGUGCCCAGCGUGCAAAAGGGCCUGGUUCCACAGGGACUGCAUCCAGGGACAGGCCAUGCGCACUGGUCUUUUCCAUUUCCGGUGCCCCCAUUGCAGAAGCCUAAUGGUGUUCGCUUACGAAAUGCUCAACCUGGGGAUCCGAAUCCCCUUCAGACUGCCAACAUGGGAGGACAACAAUGCCUUCGUGGAUCUAGGAGAGAGGCACAGCAGGUGCAAUGCCAGGGAUUGCCUUUACCCGGGAGGCAGGGAGGAGGCAGAGGAAGAGGGGCCCUGGGAACUGCUCCUGUGCUCCUCCUGCGCUGCUGAGGGCACCCACAGGCGCUGCUCCGGCCUGAGAAACAGCGUACAGAGCUGGGAGUGUGACAGCUGUGCUGGUCUUGGAACGGCCUCCAGAGAUGAGCCAGAGCUCAGUGGCCCCAGCCUGACCAGUCAGUCAGGACUGGAGCCUGCUCACAGCUCAGCAGAAUCUGAGGCCAUCAGCCCCAGCUCCCGCGGCCCGGUGCCAUCGGGGCUGGCUCCCCAGGCUUCAUCCGCAGAGACCAGCAGCACAGCACGGCAGCAGUCUCUGCCAUCUCCCUCGCUGGACACCAGCAGCCCCAGCACACCAAGGUCAUUGUACAGCAGCAUCCCUGAGCCUGAGGACAGGGGCCAUUCCAGACAUGCUGGGCCCGGCCGCAGGCGCACCCGCUCCCGCCAGCAAGGUCGGGCCUCCAAUGGACCAGUCCGAUCGAGGAGUCGCUGUGACAGGCGCAGCAGGACAAGACCAAGGACUGAGAGGCCCAGGCGAAGGGAGACAGCUUCACAGGCAUCCCCCAGACGCAGCCGCUCCCGCCAGCAACACCGGGCCCUCAGUCCACCCGUCCGGUCCAGGAGUCGCCGUGGCAGAAGCCACAGGACAGCAACAAGGACUGAGAGGCCCAGGCAAAGGCAGACACCAUCACGAGUAUCCCCCAGACGCAGCCGCUCCCGCCUGCAGCGCCGGGCCUCGAAUCAACCUCUCCGGUCCAGGAGCUGCCAGGACAGGAGCAGCAGGGCAAGACCAAGGACUGAGAGGCCCAGGCGAAGGCAGACACCAUCACGAGUAUCCCCCAGACGCAGCCGCUCCCGCCAGCAAGGUCAGGCCCAGAGUCCACCUGUCCGGCCAAGCAGUCACCGUGAUAGGAGUAGCAGAAGAAGACCAAGGAAGGAGAGGCCCAGGCAAAGGCAGACACCUUCACAGGCAUCCCCCAGACGCAGCCGCUGCCGUCCGCAGCACCGGGCCUCGAAUCAACCUCUCCGGUCCAGGAGUCGCCAGGACAGGAGCAGGAGGAGAGCAGCAAGUGCUGAGAGGCCCAGGCGCAUGGGGACACCAUCUGGGAGGUCCCGCAGAGGCAACCGCUCCCGCCAGCGGCGUCGAGCCUCAACUGGGACCUCCAACAGCAGCACGUAGCCUCGUCUUUUCUUUCUAGUCCAUCUGUUCGCUGCCGGAAGUGAAGUAAAGCCAAAAGGAAGAAGAAAGAAGAGAGUGGGACACUGCCUCAAGUGUCUGAAGAAAUCCAUUACUUUAUUGCUGCUGACUUAAAAGAUUUGUUUGGAGCUUCAAAGAACAAACCAGAAAAGACUGUGGAAAUACCCUGGGACAAAGAGGAUGCACAGGACUCUGCCCCAGAUGACCAUUUGGGACUUUUGCCCAAGAACAAGGCAGCUCAGGAGUCGAGCGCGUUCAAGUUUUCCUUCUUUGGAGACACAGAGGAGUUGGGCAUCAAAGAAGGUAACAGCAGAACCCUUCUCACAGUGCCAUUUCUAAGGAAGAGCUUCUGGCAGGCACUGUAGAGCAUUGUGGUGUAAAGAAGGUCAGGACACAGGGGAUUUUCAGCAGCAGAAGUCAGUAAUUAGGCAGAAGCAUUUUGAUCUUCAUUUCUGCUUGCCAAGGCUGUGGUAGAUUAAUGAGCGGUAAGUCAUGCUUGCAUCUCAGGAAUUCUGAAAGGCAUGCUUUGAGAAGGCAUUGGGAUUUUUGCUGAGUGGUGAAAAGGCUUGUUGUCAUGCCCUGAAUCUCUCAAACAGGGAGAAAGGUGACACACCAGUCAUAUCAAGUUUCAGAGAACCCAACAAGAUUUUAAAGGAAAUGUGUGUUAAUGUAGAGGGAGGAGCAAAAGCCUGGAGUUGACCAGGAGAUCCAUGGACAUUCUGCUUGUUACUGAAUUCAAUUCUUGGACCUAUAGAAGAAGGAACCUGAAUGACACAUGAUGGUUGGGAUGUUCUAACUGUAGAUAAAAUGAGGCCUUAUGAAAAGAAGACGAAACAACAUUAAAUCGAGUCACAGUCCUGUAGGAGAGAAAAGAAACCAUGUGAAGUUAUCCAAAAUAUUUAAAAAAACCUAUGCAAAACCGCAAAGCAACGAGCCCCCCACAGUUGUGCUGAAUUCAGAAGGUAUUCAGUGUCUUCUGAAUGCAACGAUACAUUCAUUAGAAUACAGCAGAGAUCCCGAGAACAGAGAGGAAAAUCCUGGAGCAGAGAUGUAGCUCAGAAAAUCUGGCAGAAGCAGAUUCUGUCCUUCCUACAUCUGUCUUCUCCACUAGUCUUGCAGACUCGGAACAAUAAAGCCGGUAAAAGUCACAUGGCAAGAGGAUUCACGUUUCCAAGACAGCAGUUCUGAGGGUGAUGAUGAGCCUGAGACGUGAGAAACUGAAAAGGACCAAGAAAUGCAAGUUCCAUUUCUAUUUGCUGUCUACCUGGCUGUAGUAGUUGGAUGCUGUGGGAAUAUUAAUAGCAGCACUCAGGGAAUGGGAAACUGAGAUUGCACACCUCUGAGCAAUGAAAGUCAUCUUGGAAAACCAUUUGUGCUGCCCAGAGUCAAAACUCCCAGCAGCCCAUGUGAUGUGAAGUUGAAUAUGAAAAGAGAGAUGUUGAGCACAAGAAAUUAACUGGCUCAUUUUGGUUUGACCAACUCCAAACUGAGUUUGGCCAGAAGCCAAAGACACAGUCAGUUUUCUGUUAAGAAGCUGAUUAUUUUUUUUCUAGAAGGCUCUAUUUGGCUACUAGGGAAUAAAGCUUUUCAAUGUAUACCAUUUCUCUGAAGCACUGCAGUUUUAACUUGCUUUCAUGGCAUUUGAUAGCACAAUUUUGGGUGCUAAAAUCCCUUUGUAC